CCCACAUCAAGGUCUUUACUUCUGCCGAGCACCUCUGUUAUAAAAAGAUUUGAGAGCGACACUUGAAUGCCCGUGAUUUCCCUCCUCAGCACGUAGAGACCGUGACUUCUGAGGUGUUCGAGGCGUCAACUUCAACGCCAACUCGCUACCUGCCCAACCAUCAAGAUGGGCCCAACCGUUGACGAUCACGACGAGAACUUUUGGCUCUUUGGCUACGGGAGCCUCAUCUGGAAGCCCCCGCCACACUUUGACAAGAGAAUCCCCGGCUGGGUCGACGGCUAUGUUCGACGAUUCUGGCAAGCCAGUGAGGACCACCGUGGCACGCCAGAGGCGCCUGGGCGCGUCGUCACCUUGAUCGAGCGUUCACACUGGGAGACAUUGGGAGAUAACCACCACGAUGCUCCCAAGAGCGUCUGGGGCGUCGCAUAUCAUAUCAAGCCCGAAAAGGUAGCAGAGGUCAAGAAGAACCUUGAUAUCCGCGAGAUCAAUGGGUAUUCCAUCCACUUUGCGCCCUUCCAGCCGGCCGACGCAUCAGCUGAGAUCAGGGCUCUGGUGUAUAUCGGGACGCCAGACAAUGAGCAGUUUGUCGGAGUGCAGGACCCCCAGAAACUGGCAGAGCACAUCCACAAGAGCGAAGGGCCCAGUGGAUUGAACAAGGAAUAUCUGCUCAACCUGGACAAGGCCCUCUGUGAGCUCGACGCCGAGGCGGAUAGUCACAUUCAUGAUCUGGCAGAUCGUGUCAGAGCGCUGGAUGGCCCCUCACACGCGGACCCAAGGUCGCCCUCGUUCCACCGCAGCACCAGCACGCGGGAAGCAGAAGAAUUCGAAAAGACGGCGUGAUGAGGCCGAUGGCUUGGAAAGGGAGAGGGAUCAGUUAUAUUGGGUGCUGUCCAAAUAAUACACAUCCCCGGAAUCCGCUCCCGAUUUUUUCCCAUCCAUGGUCUCUCUGACGGGACAAUUUGCCAAUUGUCCGAUCCUGAACUAUCCGGCCGUGGUCAUCAUCACUUCAUCAUCGUCAUCAAAUUGAACGGCCGUCAAACAUGUCCCUCAACCUCGGGCACCGAGAUUUUCCCUAGAACGACCGGCGACCCCCCUUCAC